UUCUUCGAGAGAAAUAGAAAUAUAGAAAUUUUUAUUUUUCCCUCCUCCAAUCUUCUUCACACAAAAGCUCCACUCCACUUGUUUCUCUGCAAAUCCGCCAUUUUCUCUCGCUCUGUCUGUGCCCCUCUCUCUCUCUCCCUCUCUGCAAUGAUCUGCUCUUCCACAAGUCAUUUCUGAGCUCUUCUCUCCAGCGUUUCGCUUUCCCUGCCAUGGGCGGUAUAUCCGAAGAUCUCUCCUCAUCCACCCUGCACCUCGAUUCGGAUAACGAUCAACGAGUUUACUUCGUUCCAUACAGGUGGUGGAAGGACGCGCAAGAUUCUUUAACAGGCGAUGCUGAUGGGAAGAGAGGACUUCCCUUUCUGGCAUCACCAGGUUCGUCUUAUGCCGGACCAAUGAAGAUCAUCAACAAUAUUUUCAACUCGGAUCUUGUGUUUAAUCUGAGAAGAGAAGAGGAUUCUUUGCAGAGUAGUGAAAAUGGUGAAGUGGGCAUUUCAGGGAGGGAUUAUGCCUUGGUCCCUGGAGAAAUGUGGGUGCAGGCACUUAAAUGGCAUAUUGAUUCCAAGUCUUCAACGAGGAAUGGUGGUAGCUUCUCUGUUGCAGAAGAUAAUAUAGCAGAUGUUUAUCCUUUGCAACUCAGGCUUUCUAUCCAACGGGAGGCAAAUUUAUUGGGAGUCAGAAUAAGCAAAAAGGAUAAUGUAGUCGAGUUGUUUAGAAGAGCGUGCAAAAUCUUCAACGUCGAGUCGGAGUUGUUGCGAAUCUGGGACUUCUCUGGCCAAACAAUUUCCUUUUUUAGUAACAAUAAUAAGCAACAACAGUCAGAUCAAGAGGUUCUACUUGAAUUACAAGUAUAUGGGCUUUCAGAUUUUAUAAAGUGCAAAGAAGGGAAAAAGGAUGAAUUGGCAAAUUCUAUCCUGGGAAAUUCAUCUGGCGCUUCACUUAUGAUGAAUGGUGCUUCUGGAACUGUGAAUUCUAGCUGCUUCCGUGUAAAUUCUUCGGUUUUUUCUGGAAGCUCUCGUGAAGCAGGUUCUUUAGGAUUGUCAGGAUUGCAAAAUCUUGGGAACACCUGUUUCAUGAACAGUGCUCUGCAGUGCUUAGUGCACACACCGAAACUUGUUGACUACUUUCUUGGUGACUAUGGUAGAGAAAUAAAUCAUGACAACCCAUUGGGCAUGAAUGGGGAGAUUGCUUUGGCAUUUGGAGAUCUUUUGAGGAAAUUAUGGGCACCUGGCGCAAGUCCUGUGGCACCCAGAACGUUCAAGUCUAAGCUUGCUAGAUUUGCUCCUCAAUUCAGUGGCUUUAAUCAACAUGAUUCUCAAGAGCUCCUUGCUUUUUUGUUGGAUGGGCUCCAUGAAGAUCUCAAUCGUGUGAAAAAGAAGCCUUAUGUAGAAGCCAAGGACGGAGAUGGACGACCAGAUAAUGAAGUAGCUGAUGAAUAUUGGCAAAAUCAUUUGGCUCGCAAUGACUCCAUCAUUGUAGAUGUGUGCCAAGGUCAAUAUAAGUCAACAUUAGUUUGUCCUAUUUGCAAAAAGGUCUCUACUACCUUUGAUCCAUUCAUGUAUUUAUCACUACCUUUACCUUCAACAACGAUGCGAACAAUGACUUUAACAGUUGUGAACACUGAUGGAAAUACUCCAGCUCCACAUACCAUUACAGUUCCAAAGUCUGGAAAAUGGGAAGACCUAAUAAAAGCCCUUAGUAAUGCAUGCUCUUUGAAAGCUGAGGAGACUUUAUUGGUUGCUGAGGUAUACAACAACCGCAUUAUACGUUAUCUUGAGGAUCCAGCUGAUUCUUUAUCCUUGAUAAGAGACGGUGACAGAUUGGUUGCUUAUCGCUUAGCAAAAGAUGAUGAACAAGUACCCUUGGUUGUAUUCAUGCAUCAGAGCAUUGAGGAGCAGUACUUCAAUGGGAAACGUACUACGUAUUCAAAGGCAUUCGGAAUUCCUCUUGUGGCUAAGCUGCCUAAUGCCUUCAAUGGAUCUGAUAUCCAUGACAUAUACAAAAGAUUGCUUUGUCCCUUCCAGAUUUCUGCUCAAGAUGCUCCGGAAGAAAACCAUACCUCUGAUAUUAAUGCAAUUGAGAAAACCAGGGAGAUGGAGAAUGGAACAGAUUCCACAUCAGCUUGUGUAAUUGAUCCCAUAAGAAGUGAAGAUGGAGUUGAUUCAACGUCAGAUGCUGAUUUUCAAUUUUACAUUACAGACGAGAAGGGAACCAUUAAGGGCUCUGAAAUUCAAGUUGGUGAAUCUGUAGUGGGGUUGGAAAACAGCAAGCGGCUAUAUGUGCAUGUGUGCUGGGCAGAAAAGCAGAUUGAGCGUUAUGACACACGCCUUCUUAGCUCGUUACCUGAGGUUUUCAAAUCCAGCUGUUUCACGAAGAGGCCUCAAGAAUCUGUUUCUCUAUACAAGUGCCUCGAAGCUUUUUUGCAGGAGGAGCCUCUUGGACCCGAAGACAUGUGGUAUUGUCCUAGCUGCAAAAAACACUGUCAAGCCAGUAAAAAGUUAGAUCUUUGGAGAUUACCAGAGAUUUUGGUUAUUCAUUUAAAGAGGUUCUCUUAUAGCCGUUUCAUGAAGAACAAGCUAGAGACAUACGUUGACUUUCCUGUUGAUGAUCUGGAUUUAUCAAUGUAUGUUGCCUAUAAGAAUGGGCAGUCUUGCACUCGCUAUGUGCUUUAUGCAAUCAGUAAUCACUAUGGGAGCAUGGGAGGUGGCCAUUACACAGCAUUUGUCCAUCAAGGAGGUGACCAGUGGUACGACUUCGAUGAUAGCCAUGUUUAUCCCAUCGGCCUGGAGAAGAUAAAAUCUUCAGCUGCUUAUGUUCUUUUUUACAGAAGAGUUCUAGCUUGAUAAACUUACCAUUGGCUGAGGUUACAUUGAAUUGAAGCAGAUUAUGACAAUUUCUCCAAAUUUGAUGCCUAAUUGACUCUUACCAUGAUGAUCACCCGUCUUCAUGUGGGUCCUUUUGUUUAACCAUAUAAGUAGUUUUCAGUAUGGGUGAAAGUUGAAUGGAAACAAUUUCAAGCUCAAAGACGGUGCAGCGAAGAAGCCGAUGCCAUCAUGCUAUGCAAAAGAUCACAGACAGGUAUUAGGGAUACUAAUUACAUUCAUUGGCGUUGCCAACUUUGAAAGAGGAUAGGCUUAUAUAUGGUAUAAUCUCUGGUGUGUCUUAGACAUUAGCGUAGUUUUCUUCAGGGUUCAACCCAAACUCUUUUGGAGAUGUAUUUUUGGGGGUUACCAUUACCAUUAUCAUUACCAGUAGCAGCAGAUUAAUUAGGAUACUGAGUAUUUUUUUUUAUAUAGGAAAUUCCUGAAAACUCCAUUCCGGUUAAGGUUGAUGUGUUAUUGAUUCUUUUGUUAGAAACCAGUAGUACCUAAUUGAUAGAUUUUGAUCCAUUUUUUUAAUCAUUGUAUUAAUUUUUAAUUGGGCUGGUAAUUGGGUUCAUAUGUUGGUCUUGGGAGGACGAAAAUAUGAAUGAAUUUCUUGAUACUGAUAACAGAGUGCAAGUGCAUUGCACUUUUGACUCGAAAACUAAUGAUUUCUGCUCCAUUGUUA